AUGCUACUGGUGCUAAGCAGCAACAAAUUGCAGCAUUUGAACAGCAUAACUAGGGAAACAUAUGAUUUUAACCAAUAUGGAUUGCUCAUCAUCCGCGCUUAUACUAGAGCACAGCUGGCAGAUUCCUCCAUUAUCACAUUAUUAUAUAGCGGAGAACUAGGAUACGCAGAGAUCAUUGGUGAAGUCACUAAAGCCAACACCCUCAGACUAGACCGUAUGGGCUUGGGCUCAUCAUGGCGACCUGACUGUAGAAAGGAUGGACAAGUUGUAUCCCUGUCUAAUAGACCCGAGCAUAUUGCAGUCAAGUACAAUGAUAAUAAUUCUAUUGACGACAUCGACAUGGAUGGAGUUGGAGGCGACGAUAUCCAGUCCAACCACGAGCCAAUGCAUGGUGAUCCCGAGCCUCACUUGACCGUAAACUCCGGGCCUCCUGCCCCAGAGCAUAUAGGCGAUGAUGAUGCUCUAAUAGUUGAUUCUAUAAACCCCAAGCGUGACAAGUCGGGUGCUUCCGGGCCCCCUGUCCCAGAGUGCAUGAGCGAUGAUGAUGCUCUAAUAAUUGAAUCUGCAAACCCCAAGCGUGAUGAGUUAGGUGCUUCUGGGCCCCCUGCCCUAGAGCAUAUAGGCGACGAUGAUGCUCCAAUAGUUGAAUCUGCAAACCCCAAGCGUGACGAGUUAGGUGCUCCUAGGCCCCCUACCCCAGAGCAUAUAGGCGACGAUGAUACUCUAAUGGUUGAAUCUGCAAACCCCAAGCGUGACAAGUUAGAUGCUCCCGGGCCCCCUGCCCCAGAGCACCUUGGGAAUAGACCAACCCACGAUAUAGCAUAG